AUGGCUGGGCUGGGUUGGGUCCGGGCUCUCCAUGACGGGAAUCCGGCGUACUUUGUGAACAGUCAAAAGUGCCCCGUCAAUUCUCCAACCUUGAUGCCAUCAGGCUGUUUAACGGCUCUCGUAGACAGCCCAAGAUCGAAGAUAGAUAAGCUUUCGAUUCUGGGUGUCCGCUCGUUCGAUAAUACCCGCAGCGAGACUAUCCAGUUUCAUACGCCGCUUACGUUAAUUGUUGGGUAUAAUGGUUCGGGAAAGACGACGAUUAUUGAAUGUCUCAAGUAUGCGACCACCGGUGAUCUUCCGCCGAACAGCAAGGGUGGUGCAUUCAUCCACGAUCCGAAGUUGUGCGGCGAAAAGGAGGUGCUGGCGCAGGUCAAGCUGUCCUUCAAAGCGACCUCGGGCGCCAAGAUGGUGGCGACGCGGAGUCUCCAGCUGACGGUGAAGAAGACCACGCGGCAGCAGAAGACGCUGGAGGGCCAGCUGCUGAUGGUCAAGGACGGCGAGCGGACGGCCAUCUCGUCGCGGGUGGCGGAGCUGGACCAGAUCCUGCCGCAGUACCUGGGGGUGUCGAAGGCGAUCCUCGACUCGGUCAUCUUCUGCCACCAGGACGAGAGCCUGUGGCCUAUGAGCGAGCCGUCCGUGCUCAAGAAGAAGUUCGACGAGAUCUUCGAGGCGAUGAAGUACACCAAGGCGAUCGACAACAUCAAGCAGCUGCGCAAGAAGCAGAACGAGGAGCUGGCCAAGUACAAGAUCAUGGAGCAGCACGCCAAGGAGGACAAGGAGAAAGCCGACCGCGCCGAGAAGCGCUCCAUCAAGCUGCAGGACGAGAUCGAGGACCUGCGUGCCGAGACCCAGCAGCUCUCUCAGGAGAUGCGCCGCAGGGCAAGCGCAUAG